AGGCGAGGAGGUCACGCGGAGGUUGAGGGCAGCGGGUUGUCAUGCUGAGAGCGGCCCGGCUCCAGUGGUGGCGGCGGUGGCUUGGUCAGCCGGCGCCCCCCCGAGGGGCGGGCUGUGGUUGCGGCGGUGGCCGGCGGAGUGGAUCCCGGGGAACUUCCUCGUACCCUUCCCCGUUUGGCGGCGACGUCCCAGGAGUCGUGAAUGUCUUCGAUCGGGUGUUGAAGAGGAAACAGAAGAACUGGGCGGCCCGGCAACCGGAGCCCGUGAAGUACGACUACCUGAAGGAAGAGGUUGGUGGUCGAGUUGCUGAUCGAGUAUAUGAUAUAGCCAGAGAUUUUCCCCUUGCUUUGGAUGUUGGCUGUGGAAGAGGUUAUAUAGCACAACAUUUAAAUAAGGAAGUUGUUGGAAAAUUUUUCCAAGCAGACAUUGCAGAAAAUGCUUUGAAAAACACCUUAGAAACAGAAAUACCUACUGUCUGUGUGUUAGCUGAUGAAGAAUUUCUUCCCUUCAAAGAAAAUACAUUUGAUCUGGUUGUUAGCAGUUUAAGUUUACAUUGGGUGAAUGAUCUUCCUAGAGCAUUUAAACAGAUUCAUUAUGUUUUAAAACCAGAUGGAGUAUUUAUUGGUGCAAUGUUUGGAGGAGACACACUCUUUGAGCUUCGAUGUUCUUUACAAUUAGCAGAACUGGAAAGAGAAGGAGGAUUUUCUCCACACAUUUCUCCUUUCACUGCUGUCAGUGAUCUGGGUCAUCUGCUGGGAAGAGCUGGUUUUAAUACACUGACUGUGGAUACUGAUGAAAUUCAAGUGAAUUUUCCAGGAAUGUUUGAGGUGAUGGAAGAUUUACAAGGUAUGGGAGAGAGCAAUUGUUCUUGGAAUAGAAAACCUUUGCUUCAUAGAGAAACAAUGUUGGCAGCUGCAGCAAUAUAUCAAGAAAUGUAUGGAAAUGAAGAUGGCUCAGUACCUGCAACUUUUCAAAUCUAUUACAUGAUAGGAUGGAAAUACCAUGAUUCACAGGCAAGACCUGCUCAGAGAGGUUCAGCAACAGUGUCAUUUGGAGAUUUGGGGAAAAUAAAUACUCUGAUGUCACAUGGGAAGAAAUAGCUUUAGAUCACAAUAAAUAUUCAGUGCUGAUAGAAUUACCAGUUUUUUUCUCAUCAAAAAUUGCUUUCUUCAAGAAGCAAUAAAGUACUUACAAAUAAAAUGAUUACAGUCCUUGCUUAAAAAAAAGAAAGAAAAGAAAGAAA